UUUGUCAAACUUUAUCUGUUUGGGAAAUUCAAAAUUAUUGUAUAAAAAAUAUUAUACUUGAAAAUUUUGAGUGUUUGCAACGUUUUGAUUAACUUUAAAUAUAAUAAAAAUAAGAUAAUUAAGAAAUGGAUGAAGAUAGUUCGCAAAAAGAUCAAAACUGUGAAAAUACCGUAAACAUAAAGGAUGAUAAUUCUUCCGAAAAUUUCCAGAAGUUUAUAUACGAACUAUUUGAAAAAAAUGGUGUACUCAGUGAUCUUCGAGCGUACUUACGUGGACAUAUUGUUAAUGUUUUAAAAAACGUUAAUACAGGUGAGCCUCCAAUGUGUCAGAAACAUUUUGCUCAGCGUCUUGAACUUACAUUUCAAGCUUUAAAUAUACUUGUCGCUGAAUAUUUAUUACGUUUGGACUUUACUUAUAGUUUAUCAGUGUUUAUAUCAGAGAUUCCUUUAGCUAACAUGGUGUUUGAUUUGGCUAAUUCUCUUUUACAAACUAAAACUGAUGAUGAUUAUAAAGAUUUGAGAUUUAAGGACAGUGAUGUUUGGUGUGUUUUAAAUUAUUUAGGUAUUAAGUGUGAUUCAGAGACUGCAUCUAAUAUAGUAUAUAUGUAUAGAGAAGAGGCUAAAUAUCCACUGUUACUAUGCAUUCUCAAAUGUUUACCAAUGUUUCAUAAGCAACCAGAGACUUUUGAAUGCCUAAAUACUUCAGAAGCCAGUAUGUCGGGUAGUUCUAAAGUGUCAGUUGACAGUUAUAUGAAAAGCGCGGGAAAGAAAACAAAUUCAUUGACAAUAUGCAAACAUUAUGCCUUUUGUGACAGCUGUAAACAGAGAAUGGCAAGAAUACAAAGGAAAUAUAAAUACAAAAAAGAAGCUUUAUAUAAGGACUCAAAGUCCAAUGAUAUGUUUAAACAUGAGGGUUUGAUUAAAAAUAUCGAUGUUAUGGAAAGAGAAAUUAUCGAAGAGAUGUUCAGUCAGUUGAGGACAGUGUAUGAGACAGAAGUGGAGAUGGUGCGUGAGGAAGAAGAGAGGAAGAUCAAGAGGUCUUUAGCCAAUCACGCUCUUAUACUGCAGAAGAGAUAUGAUGAGAUGGAAGAAUCAUUUAAAGCGCGUGAAGCUGAGUUGGAGUCAAAUGUGCAAGAGAAGAAAAAGUUUUUAUGGGGUUUAGCGCGCGCCUUGCGAGAUCAGCACUCCAACAUGUCUGUAGCAAUGGAUACUGUACAGAUGGAGACUGAACGACUGAACAACAAGGAAGAAAUUCUACAAAAUCAAAUCAAAGAAGCUGAACAUACUUUGAGAAAAAGAGGAGAAGAGAUGAGAAAUCAGAUAACAAACGAAAUGAUACAAUUAGAGUCACGCUUAAACUCUAUGAGGAUAGAAAGAGAUGAGAUAGAAAGAGAGAGAUGCGAAUUGGAGAAGUUAAAAGAAAUAUGCGACAGCAAUACUAAGAUAAGUUUACACAAUAUAAAAGAAAGAGACGAAUUGAAUUCACAAUACGAUUUAUUAAGAGAUGAAUUAUCAUGUUUGAAGAAACAUUUCUCUAACAAAUGUCUAGUGGAAACAGGGGUUAUGACUGAUAAAGAAAUUAAUACGGGAAUGAAUAAUGAACAAGAUAUAGAACGUGCUGUAAGAAGUGAAGACAUACGGAGACCAAAUCAAUUAGUUAAUGAUCUAAAGAAAUUAAAAAAUGUUAAUUUCAAUCAGAGUAAUUUAGAAGAUAUGGCAGAAGGCAGUCGUUCGUCUCUAUUAGAAAGUGCAGCAGAGCGCGGCAGACAUCUUGAGUCUAUGUUGCGACAUGAGAAUGAUCGUCUUAAAGCAUUCGCUGAACAGCAACGCGAGCAUAUCGACGAGCUUGCUCGCGAGCAAGUGCGGCUGCGCGCCGAGCUGGUGGCGGCAAGGCUCGGCUCGCCGCGCCCGCGUACUGCGCCUUCACUCCUGCCUCCGACACAAGGUGUGAACCCGAGCGGUGUGCGGGGUGCGUGCGGGCUGCGGCGCGGCGCGGGCGAGGAGCUGAGCGUGUUCCCACAGCCGAGAACCUUGCUGCCCACUGACCCCAUACCAUUCCUCGGCACCUUGUCCCACACGCGCGCAGACAGACAUGCAGACAGACACGCGGACACACGCCGGUACAUGAUAAAUCAAUGGCGGGGACUUCGGCGUCUGCCCCCCACCACCCCGCCUGCCCCGCCCGCCCCGCAGCCCGGCUCAUCUACACAACAGACAUUAAGUCGCGUGCGACAGCUAGUAGACUAUAUAUAUCUGGAUGAAGUUAAUGUUGUUUUUAAUUUAGAUGAAGAAGAUAUGAACGUGCGACAAAGAGAGCAGCAAGAAGCAGGCUCUUGUGUCUUAACUGAAGAUAAAGAGGACAGUGAUCAACAACCACCAGAAAUUGUGAUAGAAGGGAAAAAAAGAGAAAAAAGUCCAAAAUCAGUUUUACGUGAAGCCAAACAGAAGUUGAGAAACAAAGACAUUAAAAAACAAGAAGCAAACACAUCGCGAGAGAAAAGUCCCAACUCGAUGCUUCGUGAAGCAAAACUGCGGCUACGGAAAUUGGAGAUUGAAGCGGAAGCUGUAGAGAAGUCUUACAUGGACUUCAAGAGGAGAAGGAACGAGUUGAGAAGAGAAGAUGAGAAGUUCACAGAAGAGAGUGUUCCAGUUGUAGGAGAAAGUUCACAUAACUUAAUUGGACAAUUAAGUACAAUGGAGAAAAAUAAGGAAGUAAUUGAUAAUGAUGACGUCAAAGUUAAAGUAACAAAAGACUUUUCACACAGCGACUUUGAUAAAUAUUUCAGGGAAUAUCAAAAUAAAGAAAUUAUGAAACCGUAUUUUAGUAAUAAAACUACAACAGCAAAUAAAAUUAAACCGAUUCCGAUCGCUUAUAAAAUGGCGGACGAUACAGAAGUUAUACGAAAUGUAGAUUAUAUAAAUACACCUUUAAAUGAAUUCAGAAAACUUUAUCAUAAUGAUAAACCGAGACGUGUUCAAAAUAUUCAAAAAGAGAUAACAAACGAGAGUGUCAUAGAUAUAAAUGAAACUAAUAAAGAUAUUAAAAAAAUAGAUUUAGAAAAAUCCGACGUAUUAGAUGAAAUUAAUUUAAAUAAUCAAAUUUAUGAAAUAUCAAAUGAUAACAUACCUUGUAGAGAUGAUAUUGAAAAUGAUGAAAAAUCAUUAUUGAAAGUAGAAUUAGAUAAUAUUGAUUCGGCGAACGUUAAAAUAGACGAAGGUGAUUUAAUGGUUGUCAUAGAAACUUCCAUAGCUAGUGAACUAACAGUUUCACAAGAUGAUAUUAAUCCAGUCAGUAUAAUAGUAACACCUAAAGAUCUAUCUGAUAAUAAUAAAGAAUCAAAAUCAUCAUUUUCUAUUAAAAGUUCAUCAAAAUCUAAAGAAUCACCAGAGAAAGCGGCUCGUUUGACAAGAAAAGAUGUUUUAAACGCUAUAUUUGAUAUUGAAGCAAAAGAUAUAUCCAAUGGAGAUAUUUGUAUGGAUGAUUCUAAAGAUGGACUCGACUCAAUAGUAGCGGAUAGCGAUAUCAAAGAUAUUGGUGAUGAGUUCUUAGCUGAUGUAGAUAAUUACAACAGCAGAUCUGAUCUUGGGAAUUCCCCGAUAUCCCACGCUAAGACCUCCGAUGAUGAAAUAUUUUGGGAUUAACUGUGGGUUUCUGAUACUAAAACCUCUAUAUGUCAUCACUGUCAUUAUCAUUGACAAAACAGAGAUAUUGUUUUAAAAUUUAUAUCUCAGAAACCUACCGUAAAUGAUAUAAAAAAAACAACA